AUGAAGGUGCGCAUGGACCCUGAAAUCGGCUUGAACGGAGAGAGCGAGAAGAGCGAGGGAUCCAUAGAACGAGGGCUAACAUGCCGAGCAGGGAAGGGGAAGAUCACCGAUAUGCUGUCGCAGCAAGCGACGCUUUGCUGUCGAGCGGCGGGCGGCCACAACGCCGGCCACACCAUUGUCCACGACUCCGUUACCUAUGACUUCCACAUCUUGCCCUCGGGCCUGAUCUCGCCCAAGUGCAUCAACCUCAUUGGCGCCGGCACCGUCGUCCAUGUCCCCAGCUUCUUCAAGGAGCUGGCCGCCCUCGAGUCCAAAGGUUUGACCACCGCUGGCAAGCGCAUCUUCAUCUCUGACCGCGCGCACGUUUGCUUCGAUCUACACUCCGUUGUCGACGGCUUGGAGGAGAAGGGUCUCGGAGGCCGCAAGGUCGGUACCACCGGCAAGGGCAUUGGGCCCUGCUACAGUGACAAGGCUGCGCGUCGCGGUGUGCGCGUCGGCGAGAUUCUGGAUGAGGAGACGUUCGAGCGAAAGCUGCGCACUCUGGACACGGCGUACCGGGCACGGUUCGGGGAGUUGACGUAUGAUGUCGAGGAGGAGAUUACGCGGUUCAAGGUAUGA